UGACAUUUUUUAUUCUCAAUAGAAUAGAACUAAAUUAAUUUGAUUAUUCUUUUCCUUUCUUUUUUAUUGUUAAUUGUUUUGUUCGAAAUUUAUUAUUGUUUUCUUUUCUUUUGAUUAACAUUUAGAGCUAUUGGUUAGUGAAUAGAAAUGACUGGUAAAGAGUUAAGAUUAGCUGUUGUUUGCUCUUCCAACCAGAAUCGUAGUAUGGAGGCUCAUCAGGUGCUUAAUAAGAAAGGUUUUAAUGUCCGAUCAUUUGGAUCAGGUAAUUGUGUCAAAUUACCUGGACCUUCAUUCGACAAGCCAAAUAUCUAUGAUUUUAAUACAACUUAUGAUCAAAUGUAUAGUGAUUUGAUUAACAAAGAUAAAACCCUAUAUACUCAAAAUGGUAUUCUUCAUAUGUUGGAUCGUAAUAGGAGAAUCAAAUCUAAACCAGAAAGAUUUCAUGAUUGUUUUGACAAGUUUGAUGUUGUCUUCACUUGUGAAGAAAGAGUUUAUGAUCAAGUAAUUGAAGAAUUGGCUAAUCGUAUUCCUACCGAUAAUAGUAAAGUACAUGUGAUCAACAUCGAUGUCCAGGAUAAUCAUGAAGAAGCGACUAUCGGUGCUUUUCUCAUUCUUCAAUUAGCAGAAUUACUUCAACAAUCAGAUGAUCUUGAUAAUGAUAUAGAUGAAUUACUUCAAGAAUUUGAAACUAAAGCUGAAAGAAGUUUACUUCAUUCAAUUGCUUUCCAAUGAAUCAGACUGAUUAAGGAUUAAUUCUGAUGACUUAGUGGUUUCUAUUUAUUUUUAUUUAAAAAAGUUUAAAAUAUUCUAUAA